CCCCGGUUCGCCAACCGCAAAGUCCUAAGAAUGAUGGCGUACCACUGGCCGACAACCUCACUUUGCUGAGCUGGCUUGUCAUUAGCUAGGCUUUCCACUUGCUUGCCCUGUCCGCCGCACUGAAUACCGAACCUCUAGCUUUCUAGGACCUCAACCACAACCCGCGCGCCACCGCGUAAUCCCGUCGAUCCGGCUCUUCUUUCACAACCUUACUUCUCUGGCCAAUGCCCCUGCUUGCGAUCCCGUCUGCAUUAUAACAAACAAUGUGUGGCGAAUGAUUUCUCAGAUGACCGUGCCUGCGUCGUCUGUUCUUUCACUUUCCUAGAGAGUAUCGUUCCUGGUAUCGCCAUCAGGGAUCCUCGUUGCUGCUGCCGCUGCUGUUGUACCUACUUGCCUACCUACCUUUGUCCUGCAAGACAUCAGUACACGUAGGAAGAUGAACGACAAAAAGCCGGCGCCGUCUCUCCUGGACGACGAUUCCUUCUCCUUGACAUCCUUCAUCACUGGAUACACGUCUUCUACAACAAGAACGCUAUCGUCAUAUCAUCCAAGCCAACAUCAAAUCGGUGGGGAUUCACAAAGCUUAUAUCAGCCCUAUGGGGCCCAUGCUUCUCCCUUUCAUCCCAUCUUGGACCCGAAUUCGGUACCUCAACCACAACCACAACAACAGCAACCCGAGCAUCAACAAAACCAUCAACAUCAUCGUGAGCAACUGUCGUGUGUGACCCAAGAAACUCUCCGCCAGGACUGUGCGCAGGCCAGAUUCAUCAUAUGGGCUGCCGUAAAACGCAACCUAUGUCCAACAUUAAAAGACGAAGAACGUUCGAAAUGCCCGCUCCACAAGUGCCAACUGCUGCUGAGCGACCACGAGUCAAUGCUCAAGCACCUGGUUAACUGCAGGUAUCUUUCGACCGGAGAGUACUGGUGUCCUCAGCAUAACCGGGUCGAGCGUUUUGACGACGUCAAGUGCAAGCGAUGUCUCAGCCAUCCAUCCAAGAGGAGGAAAAUGUUGUUCAUGGCCAAGAAGUUCUUCCACGGAUUAGGUCACAAAUCCAAGAGGGGCCAGGAUUCCGGUUUCGAUGUUGACCAUGACUCCAGUGCGCCGCCGCCUUACGAUUCCUUGAGCGUUGCCCCGGUCGAUCAGCCGAUUAUGGUGCAAACUCAACCUACCGAACUGGAAUCGGUUAUGAGAUAUGAAAUCGACUCAGUCGAGGUGUCCACCGUCCAUCAAAAUCCCGAGACAGGACCUGAAGCCGGUAUCGACCCGCAGGCACUUAUGGUACCCGCCCCAUCCGUGGUACUCACCUCGCCCCAGACCUUGCCUGGGAUACCUGAGAUGCCCGAAAUCCCCGAGCUCGAGUGUACCGAACCAUCCCAUCUGCUUCUCUCAUCUUACCAAAGUCUUAUGGGGAUGAACUGGGAAGGCUCAGGGGCUUCCCAUUCAGUAUCGCCAUUCCCCUGUACCUUAUCGGACGAUGCUUCGGCGCGCAGCAGUCAGAGCAGGCCGAGCCUUCAAGUCAAUACUCAGGGUCUGCCGGGACGUCGCCACCCACCACGGCAUAUUUCCAGGCCUGCUGUAGCACCAUCCCGCAGCCAUGGUCUAUCCCCUCAGUCAUCCGUCAGGUCCAAUGCGAGUGCGGAUACCAUCUUUACCACCAUGAGUUCGACGCUGGUGUCCCCGGUAACGGAUUACAGCGAAGGAUUAAGCUCUGACAUGGCUUGGUCAGUCAACGAUACCAAGAUGACCGAUGAGUUUGACGAGGUCGUUGAAACAUUCUACAAUGCGUCGUUCCCCAGCAUCCUUGAUGGACUAGCUGAACUCCCGGCAGAAUUUCCUGUUCCGCAAAUGCCGGAUAAUCUCCUAUUUGCCAUGGAGAUGCCAUCGACAGACUCGACAUAUCCAGCUCAGCUUGACCUGACAGCAGACGAUCCUAUGGACAUAGUCGAGCCUGACCAAAUCGAAGUCCAAAAUGACAACAUGUGCAAUUCCGAGGUCGAGACGAUGAUUUUGUCAGCCUGGGAUCUCAUUCAGGAACAUCUAUCUGCGUCGAGACAAGCAAUCCAAGAUAUCCCGGAUAACCCCCUGGCUAACCAACUCCGAACGAUGUCAUCCAAAGAGAUAGCGCUCACUGGUUUACGAACACUUCGACAGAUGCUUCAAGGGGAGCAACCUUCGUCGUCAAUGGAUUUUCUCUGCUUGAUACACGUCAUAUACGCUUUCAACUUCGUCACUCGGCAAGAACACAUGGAACACGACGCCAAGGAAUUAUUCUUUCAGUCUCUGGCUUACGAAAACCUACUCCCAACCAAUGAAGGAGAUGUGUACCGUCAACUGGUGUAUCAAAUUUUGGAACCAUCGGGAAUCACGCCUGGGGAUCUCGGUAACUUUUGUGCAAAGUCCUCUGCUGUGCCCUUGAGCAGAUCAUCUAGUCUGAAAGGCAAAGCUCCCACAACUAGGUUAGAUCUAAGCAGCACCGAUUCGGAUACCCUUCUCGUCGCAGGGUGCCGCUUUUUGGAUGAACUUGAAACCUCCAUUGUCUUCGGUCAAUCAUCACACUCGCUCGGUAUUCACAACUCUGAACUCUUUAAAAAGCAUCAAGAGGUCCUUAUGUUCUCCAUGAACCAAGGAUUUUCAGCGGAUGUCACGAAGAUGCUAUGUGAACUGGUCAAUCACAACGGAGAUUUGCAACUACUCAUUGGUAAGCUCGAUGAAAUCAACACCAAGGUCCGCAACGGGGUCAUCUGCUCUGGUCGACGCCUUGAGAUCGAAGUGCUUCACGCUGGAAAAGAAUCGAUGCCCGCCAGUCGCUACUUUAGUGACUAUCUCCCCAAGGUAUGGGAACUAUGCGACGAGAUCUACCUCAAGUACUUCGGAAGCGUCAACGAUCGUGCAGUAUACCACCAACUUGGCAUAUCAGUAAUCGAAUCCAUGAUAUCGGGAUUCGAUAACACAACAGGUCAUCCAACAGUAACUGCCGAAGAACACCAAGAAGAGCUAGCCCGUUUCCUAAAGGACCACACGGAUAUCGGCAAGGUCUCCACGGAAGUUCACCGCAAACUCUCCGUGCCGACAAUGACCCUCACCCCUCCCGAAACUAUUUACAGCUCCCACGUCGCCAGCCCCACAGCUACUUCCGGACCGCAACAACCACAACAACAACAACAACUCCGCCAACAACAGCGAAAACAAGCUUCUCACCUCAUGGAAAUACCUUCCGAAGACCAACCCCCAGCCACCACCACUACUGGUCAAACCCAAAAACCCGACUCCGACCCCCAAUGCCCACCCCAGUGCCACCUCUGCGACUACCGUCCCAACGGCGACCCGCGCUGGUUCAAGGGAAGCAUGGCCAAGCACAUGAAAGUGAAACACAGCGACCAGCCCGACCGGAUUUUUCCCUGUACCUUUCCGGGGUGCAAGAGCCAGUAUAAGAACCGCCCGGAUAAUUUGAGGCAGCAUCAGAUUGAGAAAGGACAUUGGGUUGAGGGGGAGAAGGGGUGGAAUAAUGGGGGAGGAGGUGGUGGGGGGAAGAGUGAGAGGAGGCCGAGUAAGAAGAGGAAGAAGGGGGUUGAGGGGGAGGGGGAGGGGGAGGAAGGGGGGUGA